UGAGCUUCCCACACGCCGAAUAAGCCUCGUCUUGUUUACAGUCCGUGUUCCUGGCAACAACGUCAGCAAGAGUAUCUGACAUCCCGGAGGCGGGGACCGCAGAGGAACAACCAAUCAGCGGCUCGGUCUGAGCGUUUCUUGAGCCGGAUCACAUAAGAGAGAAGAGCGCAUCGGGCGCAUGUCAUUAAUGAGGAAAUAGGAGCGGAGCGCACAGUCAGAAGAAAAGACUCUGCUACUCACGAGUGGAAUGAAAACAUCUGAAUUAGUCACUGGACUCCGCUUUGAAUCCGACUAAAGGUACAAAUCGACGACUUGGUACAGUACAGUUCCACUAUUUUGGAAGUUUUGCUCUGUUUUCGAUAGCUUUGGUCUUCAGUAUAAUAAUACAGCGGGACUUUGUGCUGGAGAUUGACUCGUUUGGGACGCUGAAGCCUCGGUGUCCGAGCAGCAUCGUUUCCAGCGCUCACUUGUAUUUGACUGUCUGAUUUGAAAUAUGUCCACAAUUAUGGAACAACCUUUUUAUGACGACUCGUUUCUCUCUGCUUAUGGCCAUCCAGGCGCAGCACUGCCCGACUACAAGCUGCUAAAGCAGAAUAUGAACUUGAACUUCUCCGACUCAUAUCGGAACUCAAACUUCAAGUCACAGCACCUGCGUGCCGAUAGUGAUUUCUAUUCGGCGGGUUCGGCGGACGUGGGCUCCUUGAAGCUCGCCUCUCCUGAACUGGAGCGACUGAUUAUCCAGAACAGCAACGGGGUCAUCACUACAACGCCGACACCUGCACAGUACUACCGCGGGAUCACAGAGGAGCAGGAGGGCUUCGCUGAAGGUUUUGUGAAAGCUCUGGACGACCUGCACAAGAUGAACCAGAUGGCUCCUCCAAACGUGUCCAUCGGCACCGGCGGGGUCGGCUGCCCGGCUCCAGCCUCGGUGUUCGGCUCCUCCAUGCAGCCGGAACCGCUCGAGUACACAACCUUGAGCAGCUGCAACCCGAACCCCAGCCUGAGCUCCACAGGCAGCUACCCGUCCACCACCAUCAGCUACCUGCCACACCACCAGUACCAUCAGCAUCCUCAGGCCGUUGCGCACGGAUCUCACCACUUCCAGCACUCCCUGGCCGGCGCCGGGAUUCACUCCCACUCGCAGCGCUAUGGGGGCUUGAAAGAGGAGCCCCAGACGGUUCCCGACAUGCAGAGCAGCGACAACGGGUCUCCGCCGAUGUCUCCCAUCGAUCUGGAGAAUCAGGAGCGGAUCAAAGCGGAGCGCAAGAGGCUGAGGAACCGGCUCGCAGCCUCCAAGUGUCGGAGGCGCAAGCUGGAGCGCAUCGCCCGUUUGGAGGACAAGGUGAAAGUGUUGAAAACAGACAACGCUGGACUGUCGAACACGGCGUCCCUGCUCCGGGAACAGGUGGCCCAACUCAAACAGAAAGUCAUGACGCAUGUGAGCAGUGGCUGCCAGCUCAUGUUAGCGCCCAAAGUCAAGUCUUACUGAAGAAAUUAUGCACUUUUUCAUAACCCUCCCUCAAAAAACAAAAAACAAAAAAACACUGGACAUGAACUGCACUGACAAAACAUUUAACAGUCUUUAUACGUUGUCUGUAUGAGAACUGGACCGUUGUGGUUUUUCUUUGCCUGAAAGAAAGAAAGAAAGAAAGAAAGAAAGUAGCUCAAAGCUACACACAGAAACCACAAGACUACAACACUUAGGGCAUUUUUGAAUAAGUUUUUAAAAGUGUCGUCUUGGCUUUGCCUGUUUACAUUUUUGUUUUCUUUUAUUGCUAUUUGUGAUGCUUCUGAUGUAAGUUAUUUGUGUGAGUCAGGUUGAGCCUGAUGAGCCUGUCUUUUUUUUUUUAUAUGUACAGUAUAUAUUUAAGUAAAUGAAAUCAUGAACCUAAGAAACGUGUUGUUUUUUGAGGUAUUUUUUUUUUACAAGUCACUAUUGUUUACUUCUCGUUAACAUAAUUUAACCGCAGUUGUCUCGGUGGUGAAGUUUACAGCAGCACAAGUUGCUUGACGUUGGAGACGUCCCAGCGUAGGAUUUUUCCCUCCUGACGUACUUGCGUCACUCCAUAUAUGGUCAAUAUUGCUGGCAAACGUCACAUCACGACAAGGUUUCCGGGAACUCCCUCCUACAUUACCCGUCAGAAUGGCUGCUCUCUCCCCUUCACACCACAACGUGUGUGCGUAAAUGAAAAGGUUUGUCAAUGAGUGGUUUAUUCGAGUGAAGGGAGUUUCCCCAUUCUGCUUUCAAUUUCCCAAAACAAGCCGUGAGAACAGCAGCUCAGGAAAAAUGGCAGAAAAAAAGUUCCAGAUAAACAUGUAGACUUUCUGUCUGAUGGUUAGAUUGAAAUUAGCUGGCACAAACAAAAUAUGGGUGGCAGAGGUCGCACAUUUUAUGUAAAGUUUCAAUAUGUUGAAUAAAUGUGGACAUAAAGUCAGAA